AUGGGAAGGCGUCCAUACUUGAACUCACUUGCUUUGGGGCGGUCUCCUUACGAGGCUCCAGAGCUCAUUGUAAACGGGUCGGCUAUACCCCAGCCAAACCGACACCUAUCAAAUUCAAAUGCUGACGGGUAUACCCAAGAGUAUGAUGCUCGCGGUCACCCGAUCAACCGUCGCUCAAAGGCUGAGGCCAGGCAGCUUAGAAAGGCGAAGAAUGAUGUUCUAUCUACUAUGGGCAUUAUCGUUAGUGGUGAAGAGUUAAAUUCGGCCAGUAUGAGAGAACAAGAAAAGAUAGCCUUACUUGCGGAGGAGAACGAUUAUGGAUUAGCUCUCGCAGCUAUUGACCAACUUGGCAUGUUUGGGUCCUCUUGGUGGACGAAAUCUCUAGCUUGCCGGAUUCAGACCUUCAAAAGUUACAACCUUAGCUCCUUAACAGAUACCAUUCUCCGGGAGCGGCAGAGAAUUGCUUUGCUGGUUUUUAUUUUGCCGGGCUUCCGGUUUGGACUAUAUCUUUUCUGCUAUCUGUUUGCCGAUCACAUUUCUGAGUCGCUAGACUCCCUCAUUCGACCUCUCUCUUCUGGAUGCAAAUGGUACAAAAAUUGUCCAUGGCCUAAUGAAUGUAUAUCAUUUGGAGCCAACUCUGCAGUAAUCCUUAUCCUUGGGCAGGGGUACAUGUUUUCCCUUUUACAGUCACUACAUCUUUUGCCUCCAUUCUCAAUACCAUCAGUAUAUUCCUUUAUUCCGUUUACAGCAAAUUCUCUCAUACAAUUACCGCCCCUUCCCUCAGAAUUUUCUGUUAGGACAGUUGGCCUCUAUGGUCUCUCUCUGGCAACUUCACCCUUCAUUCUAUUUAACGUAUAUAUCAACGUACGCCCCGUCGUUGAGGCUAGAGUUUACAGGAUCCUUCGACGUCGCCUGCCCAAACCCGAUCGCCCUGAUAAGCUUUCGUUAAGGGUUGCUGUGGAGAAUGAGCUUAUCGAGUGGACAGUUCCGUCACUGGGGAAGAGAUCAGAAGAAGAGAUUAAACGAAGCAAUCUCACUUUGGCUCAGGAGAUAAAGUAUGAGUUGGUUACAUUAAAAAAUUGGUUAUGUCGCUCUGUGGGCUUUCAUCCAACCGCGAAACCGAAGCCAGCUCCUGAAGAAGCUCCUUGGCUAGAGAGAUAUGAAUCCGUUCAAAGACGUGUUGAACAGCUGCAGCAGGAUCUCGGUCUCGGUACCUCAAACUCGCAAGAUAAUCAUGACACCCCAUUACCCGGAGCCGGUCAAGAGUCCCAUUCCUCCCAAAUAAAUGAUGUCGACCCAGUUGCCCAAAUCCUAGUAGACGAGGAGAACCGAUUCGCGCAAUCGCCAAUACAAUUGCCAGAGGGUUAUUUCUCUGACAUGCGAGCUUCUAUACAACCCAGUGGUAACGAUACCGCCCUCUCAACCCCUAGUCAGCAUGAUAUACCACUUCAUCCUGGGGGUUCCGCAACUCCUCCUUCCCAUGUUCCUGCUUCACGGACAAACACUCUAUUCUCUCCAUCUCCGUCUCCAGAGUCAUCGCCUCCAUCAUCCCCCCGCGUUAGGGCUUCACUUAUCCACCAGAAUUCUGAUGUGAUUACAAUGCACCUAGAACUCUUGCAAAGUCAUACAGAGGCCGAGGUUGAUAACCAGGGUCUCAAUGCAAGCGUGUCUUUACCGAAUGGUGUUGUUCAUAGAACCGAGUCACAGACAAGUGCCAUUGAUCGCGCUGCAUCUGAACUAUUAGAUGCACUGCUAUCCAACCCAAGCCAGCACUCGGUUGUUAACGUCCCUACUUCCAAUCGAGAAAGGGGCCAUUCUACUCCUAAUAUUCCAGUGCAAAACGGCAUAGAUCCUACUGCACAACCUCCCGAGGAAGAGCUGGACGCAGUAUGGCAAACCCCUGGGAUGAAUCACAGCGCGCCAAAUCCCCAGGAUAACAUAAGUAGUAGUUCUAGUGAACAUAUGCCCAAUGGUACCGGUCCUCAAAGACAACCCCUUCUCGAUCGCCCCGGACCACAGGCUGCCGAAGAAUGGGACCAUCAUGUUACCAUUCUCUCAUCACAUCCCGUGGAUGCAUUUUCCUCUCACUUAUCUUCCAUCAUUACCUCUGUUUUGUUUUAUCCUUUUGAAUCCUUAUAUCUUCGAAGUCUUGCUUUUACGUAUUUAUCUACCCAGUCCGCAGCGAUAAUCCUCCCGCUUGGUGCCACAGCAUCCUUGGUUGGACUUCAUUCUAAUGUGCGGCCAUUGAGUGCAUGGUUUGGAGGUGGAAAUGCGCCAGAUAUGCUCUCCUACGUCGGAAAAAUGGUACUGACUGUGGGGUAUGAGACAGCCAUUAGUGCUGGGAUCUGGGGACUGGGAGCUAGUGCUGCUGUUGCACUUGGGAAAAUCAAGUUUCAAUGGGGCCAGCUAUAG